CGGUCGGUUCUUACCCUCAUUCACUGUGUGACCCUCAGGAGCCCCGCUCAACCGGAGCCGCCGAACUCUUUCUCUCGUUAUCGCUGCCAUCGGUUCUUCUCAGUCUGAACACAAGAGCGUUUCAGCCUCGAUCUGUGGAGGAAAUGAAGAUGAAACUGUGAUGCCGCGACCCGACAGUAACUGACGGCGAUCGAAUUAUCAAGCGGGAUUCGGAUCGGUAGUUCGGAUUGACAGAACAUCCAAACAUGCCCGGGGAAGGAUCCGGUUCUGUGCUUUCUUCAAACGCGGAGGUGGACAACGGGAAAGUUUCACCGAUCAUUUGUGAGGAUGAACUAUCGAGCGGCGGCCGGUACAUACUCGACGGGCUCGGGUCCAAUCGUUAUUUUAUGAUGGGCUCGACGCAGCAAAUGCAGGAGAGUUCGAGUCCGUGUUCCUUGUUUCCGUACACGAGCCAAACGGGAGGCGUGUACGCCGGUUCGGACGGAUCGCGGUACGCGGCGUCGCUGCACUACGGCUCAGUGCUUCCCUCCGCGGGCUUCUGCCAGUCUCUGUGCGCGGGACGCGGCGACUUCGGCGCGGGAUAUCAGUUCGGACACGGUUCUGGAAACAGCUACCACUCGUAUCAGGGCUCCGGUUCCGGUAUCGGCUCCAUGGCUCUGUCCGGAGCGGGACUCAGAGCUCAGGUGUAUCUGUGCAACCGGCCGCUGUGGCUCAAAUUCCACCGGCACCAAACCGAGAUGAUCAUCACCAAACAGGGCAGGCGGAUGUUCCCAUUUCUAAGUUUCAAUAUUACCGGCUUGAGUUUGACGACGCAUUAUAACGUGUUUGUGGAGAUAGUUUUAGCCGAUCCAAACCACUGGAGAUUCCAGGGCGGAAAAUGGGUGACCUGCGGGAAAGCCGACAAUAACAUGCAAGGAAAUAAGAUUUACGUCCACCCCGAAUCACCGAACACAGGCGCUCAUUGGAUGAGACAAGAAAUUUCUUUCGGUAAACUCAAACUAACAAACAACAAGGGAGCAAAUACUAAUUCUGCACAGAUGAUCGUCCUUCAGUCUCUACACAAGUACCAACCAAGGCUUCACAUCGUCGAAGUGUCAGACGACGGAAUUGAAAACACAGGACGAGAUUCGAAGACUCAGAUCUUCACCUUUCCUGAGAACCAGUUCAUUGCUGUUACGGCCUAUCAGAAUACUGAUAUCACUCAACUCAAGAUCGACCACAAUCCUUUUGCAAAGGGUUUUAGAGAUAAUUAUGAUUCGAUGUACACCGUUUCAGAGCGUGAAAGACUCACACCGUCGCCGUCAGACUCGCCUCGCACGCGCUACUCCAUGCAACCCUUUCUGCAGGAUCAGUUCGUCAACAGUCUGACCCCGAGUCGCCUUUACAACACUGAACGGACGGUUUCGCAGACAAACAGCAUGCUUUCUCCUCCGGUGGAGGACGCUGGCGCCGCUCAGAGGUGGCUGGUCACUUCAGUGCAGCAAACCAGCGGAAGCAAGCUGGAGCUGACGGCAUACGAGGGCGAUUACUCCAGUUCGUUAUUACCGUACAGUUUCAAAUCCUUACCUCUGCAGAGCGCACACUCGCUGGGCUACUAUCCAGACGCCGCCUUCGCAUCCGUCACUGCAGGAUGGGGCUCCAGAGGCUCUUAUCCCAGAAAAGUGGCGUCUGGAUUGCCCUGGUCUCCCAGACCGAGUCCCACGGACUUCACAGACGACAACAUGCCCGAUAAGGACAAAUCUAGGGAAGGAAACACAUUUAGUCAGACUGCGGCCUGGAUGGAGAACACACCGCCGUCUUUGAAACCUCUAGACUCUGUGGAACCGAGCAUUUACUCGGUGGUUUGCAAACGGCGGCGGGUUUCCCUGAGCGAAUCUGGAGCGGAGAGCUCUCCCACGGUCAAGUGUGAAGACUCCAGCGCUUUAGAAAACUUCAACAAGGACAAUUCGUCAAACUCCAAGACCAUCGGCUAUUAUGCUUUCUACACCAGCAGCUAGAGAAACCUCCAGUCUCGUCUGAUUUUGGUGUGAAUGUGCCGAAAUGUAAAGUGUUCCACUUUGAAUUCAUCAAUUUGGCCCUUUUGUAAUUUAUUAAAAUCUCAAACAAAUCGUUUCUGUCCAAAGUAAGAUGAUGUGCCAUUUUGAAAAUGCUGUUGUAUGCAUUAAACCACUGCUGUUUUGGAUUGGUAUUUUUUAAAA